GCUGAGUCUAUUAGAGUCCUGGUGACCGGAGCCGCAGGGCAGAUUACAUACUCUCUGCUAUACAGCAUUGCUAAAGGAGAUGUCUUCGGUAAAGAUCAGUACUAUGAUGGUUUUACAGUACAAUGUAUUGAAUUAAUUAAUAUAUUAAAACCAUUCAACCAUUCUUUCUUAUUACCCAGGUUCUUUAUUUCUGAGUUUCUUCUAAAAACACUUCUCUAUGUGUUGUCUUGUGACUCCCUUAUAGCGAUUGUUGUUUGCCCUCCAUCAGUUUUAAUGCCACUGUCUGUGCCUUUUGUUGCAGAGGUCAUCCCCACCGAUAAAGUGGACGUUGCAUUCAAGGAUUUGGAUGCUGCCAUCCUGGUGGGCUCCAUGCCAAGGAGAGAGGGCAUGGAGAGAAAGGACCUACUGAAGGCUAACGUAGCCAUCUUUAAGUCCCAGGGGGAGGCGCUUGACAAGUAUGCAAAGAAAACUGUCAAGGUUCUAGUUGUUGGUAACCCAGCCAACACUAACUGUCUGAUUGCUGCCAAAUCUGCCCCAUCCAUCCCCAAAGAGAAUUUCUCCUGUCUGACGCGUCUGGAUCACAAUAGGGCUUGCUCUCAGGUGGCAAUGCGUUGUGGCAUUUCAGCAAACAGUGUGAAGAAUAUGAUCAUCUGGGGAAAUCAUUCAUCUACACAGUACCCUGACAUCCACCACUGCAAGGUGAAUGUGCAGGGGACAGUGCAGCAGCGUGGUGCUGCAGUCAUUAAAGCCAGGAAGCUCUCCAGUGCCAUGUCAGCCGCCAAGGCCAUCUGUGACCACAUGAGAGACAUCUGGACAGGCACUACUGAG